GUUCAAACUUUAAGAAAUUUAAAUGUUAUAACUUUUAAUAAAAAAAUAUUUUACAAACCCCAACACCUUUCAGACAAGAAAAUGUAGAAGAUGGACAAAAAAUAAUCCGAUAAAGACAUUCACACCUUUUCAUGCAACAUCCAAACCCCAACACCAUUUCAUUUUUCUUCAUCUCUGAAACAAACACCAAACCCCCUAAAACCUCCUCCAACAAACAUGGCAAUGAGCAACAACAUCAUAGGCUUCAUAAACCUCCUCGCCUUAAUCCUCUCCAUCCCCAUCAUCGCCGCUGGAAUCUGGCUAACCAACGAACCAGCAGACACAUGUGUCAAGUUUCUCCAAUGGCCAGUCAUAAUCCUCGGUGUUCUCCUCUUAAUCGUCUCUCUCGCUGGUUUCAUUGGCUCCUUUUGGAGAGUCCCAUGUCUCAUGAUAUUCUACCUCGUUGCUAUGCUUGUGCUUAUUAUACUUCUUGUCUGUUUGGUUGUUUUUGUUUACAUGGUCACUGUUCGUGGUCAUGGUAUGAUUGAGCCUAAUCGCGCUUAUUUGGAGUACCGUUUGGAUGAUUUUUCGGGGUUUCUGAAGAGGAGAGUGAGAAGCUCUUUUAAAUGGGAUGUUAUUAGGAGUUGUUUGAGUGAGAGUAAUAUGUGUGCUGAGUUGAAUCAGAAUUUUCGUAUGGCUCAGGACUUCUUUAACGCUCGUCUAACGCCAAUGCAGACAGGAUGCUGCAAGCCACCAACACAAUGUGCAUACACAUUUGUGAACCCAACCUAUUGGAUUAGUCCAAUAAACAAUGCAGCAGAUAUGGAUUGUCUUCAAUGGAGCAACGACCAAACACAACUUUGUUACAGUUGUGAUUCAUGCAAAGCUGGUCUGUUGGCCAAUCUUAGGAAGGAAUGGAAAAGAGCAAAUGUGAUAUUGAUCAUCAGUGUUGUUGUUUUAAUUGUAGUUUAUUUGAUUGGGUGCUUUGCUUUUAGGAACGCCAAAACUGAAGAUCUCUUUCGCAAAUACAAACAAGGCUACACUUGAUCGUCACAAGAUUUAUUACUAGUAGUAUGCUUGUGUUGUGAUGUAAAGUUUGGUGAUGAAAUUGGAGGGUCAUUUUGUUGAGUUUAAUAUUAGUAAGUUGUGUUGGGAGAAAUGUUAAAUAAUUCUAAGUAUGAAUUUGUGUGUUUUCACUUAUUUUGAGUAGAAAAGAUGCUUGUCUUUUA